CUGACAUACACAAGGGCAGACGGACAUCAGAGCUGAAAUGAACCUGCAUGGAGAAAGUCCUGAAGCCUUAAAGUGGACGCUUGGUCAUUCUGCAACAGAUUCAGGAGCAUAUGAGAUAUAAAAUGGAUGAUUUAGAUCACAGCAUUCACAUUGCAAACUAUGACUGGAACAGCUUCUAUGAGGAGAGCGAGGAGUGUGGUCUGGCGCAGCCUUCCCUCGCCUGCCCUGAUAGCUGGAACCUCAGUGAUUCAGAGGACCUGGGAAAUCAGAGUUCAGUCUUCAGUGCAGGCCAAGAGGAGCCAGAGCAGAGCUGGGCUGCAAACAGUGAUGGAGCUGAAGGCAGUGCUGCAGGAUGCUGCAGGGAGGAAGAGAACAUGAGAAAUUGUGGUUCAGCUGGAGGACAAAAAGAAACAAAAGCUGAAGCACGCCAUGGUAAUCCCGAAGAAAAUGCCAUCAACACAAUGGAGAAAGAAGCCAACAUCAAAACUAAACUGCAAACUGAGCAACUAAAUGUGUGUUCAGAUGAAGAAUUAUCAGAGCUGAAAAAAGAAGAUGAAGCUCUGCAAAUUGAGAGUGACAUUCAUGACCUCAUAUCCACACAGCAACCUGACCCACUUUCCUACAACCUAACAGGGCUAGAUGUAAAUGAGCCGAUCACUACAGACAGAUCUGUGAGUGAGGAUGUGAGUGGUUUGAGAGGAGAAAAAGAGCGCUGGUUUGUGACAGUGAAUGAGAGUCCUGCACGACAGGGAGUGCGUGCUGCCACUGUGAAAAAAAAACGAAGACAAAAAAAAACUCGUAAGGAGAAAUCACUUGAAAACCACUUUAAGUUAGAGACAACGAUAGAUAAUAGUCAAUUUGAAGUAGACCAUAACUUAGUAAAAAACUUUGAGAGUGUGCAGAUGGGAGUCAUUUCAGAUUCAUCGCAAAUGUCUUUAACUUCUGGUGAGGAAGACAAUUUGUCAGAACAACUGGUGGUGUAUAAUUCCCCUAAAGACAAUGUCAGUGAGCCAACUAUAGACACCAAAUCAAACAACACAAUAAGACCCAAAAAACCAAUAAAGUUAGACAGUGUGGAGUCUGACGAAUAUGUAGAUGGUGUUGAGUUCUUCUCCACUCACAGUUUUGACUCUGAAAGCUAUCUGUCAGCUUCCGAAUCAGUGGAGGAACUUCAGCAUCUCCUCAAGGAACACCAACAACUGCAAAGCUCAUUAUCUCUGACAGAAAACAGCUAUCUAUUCAAUCUGACUACUGAGGCAGACAACACGCAAGAUAGAGAAAUGCAUUCUUAUGAUGGCACUCUCUCUUUUGAUUUACCAGCUUCUAACUGUGACAGUCAUAAAAGCACCAAUGUUCAGCCAUCUGCCGGCCAAAGUGCGGACAAAAUGCCAAAUGACAUCUCCACAUUUGAUAACCAAACACACAGCACGUUUCCUGCAGAUACACCUGGACUCCAAAAACAGGAAGUAAAUCAUGUAGCAUCUGGUGGCUCUUCAGUGAAUCAGCUCCUCCCCAUACCUCAUUUAACUGUAACACCUUGCCCUGUGGCCGACAGCCCUGAAACAUAUGCCGAAGCAGCAGGACACACUCGACCUGUGUACGCCAUUUCGUCCUUUUGGGAUGAAAUGGAAAAGCUGACGAUAAAUGAUAUUUUGCAGCUCAGGAUGGGUAGAAGCACCCCUCCCAGAGAUACAGUAACACCAAACGCAGAUGAUCAAGGCCCUUUGCUCGACACAGUGGAGUGUAAUUCAUCUGAUGGUGUUCUGAUGGAUACAUCUGACGCUGCUGAUUCCGACUAUUUCACACAGCCCGAUGAAUCCAAGCACGAUCGUUCAAGCUGUGAGUUCUCCACGUCCGAUUUCGAAGAAGAGUACUGGCAAUACCUUAGUGCCAGUAGGAACCAGAGUCCCGACCCUCAAAGCAAAAACCAACAGAGCACGGACGACUCUCUUUUCACAGCACAUGAGGAAGAGGAGUCUUUAAGCUCCGAAGGAAAGGAGACACCUGUGCCUUUAGACGACUAUGCAGAGAUCAGGAAGCAAGUGAUUAUUUCGAGCAAACUUGUGUUGCCGAGACGGAUCACGAAAAGCAAAAGCAUGCACAAUGUACCAGCUCUCAAAACAGAAGAUUUAUCUUUGCAGUUGUUACUCAGCAAUGAUGAGAGCAGUUUGUUUCUUAGCAGUUGUCCAUCUCUGGAGGAAAAUCUGGUUUUAAAAGAAACACAAAUACCUACAUAUCUACAGGGUGAACAUGAUCAAAUAUCCUUCCCUGAAGUGUUUGAAUACCUUUACAGCGAUGAGAGAACAAACAGUGACUCGCAAUGUGUUAAAGUUUAUGAUGCCGUUGACAUCUCAAUGGUUCCUGUUUAUGACUAUUCGCUUUGUGCGUUCAGCGAUGAAAUGUCAUUCUCUUUCCUCUUCAAUUCCCAGCACAGUGAGGAGAAACCCAUCCCCAUUUUCUCUUGUUCUCAGCCCCUCAUUAGAGAACUCAGAUUCCCAAAUCCGGAUUUUGUUUUCUUGCGUUCAGACUGCGAGGAGGAGGGUGACAUCUCCCCCUUCAGGAUCAUGUCUCGCUCUUUCAUAAAGGGAGAUGAUUGCGGGGUGUCUGCGUCACAUGGAUUUUACAAUUGGAAAAGUUUGAUGAGGAAGAUUCGCUUUCCCGACAAAGGGAGCAUCUGGUGCAGUAGAUCUGGUUUCAUGGUGUUCCCAGAUGAAGUUGAGAAGAUCACCACGAAGAGUGUGGACCCACCAAUCACAGUGCUCAUGGCGAAGAGAGACUCAUCUCCUUUUCUGCUGUUUAACGAGCUAGCAUUGCAGCAGAGGGUUUUGGAUGCUUUUCAGGCCACAAAACAAGAGGGCAUUUUCUCCUCACUGAAGCAGUCAGACAUGUGUAUGGUCUGCAUCGCUUUUGCCUCCUGGGUGUUAAAAUCCUCCGAUCCUGAGGCUGCUGAUGCCUGGAAAGCAGCUCUGCUAGCAAAUGUGAGUGCACUGUCAGCCAUCCAGUACCUGCGGCACUAUGUGAAGAGGAGGAAUCCUUCUUAACAGGAUGCCUGAUACGUAUAGAUAACAGACAAGAGCGGAAUCAUUUCCUAACACUUUCACUUGGGUCCAUUUACAAGGAUAUAUAUUUUAUAUAUGUACUGUAUGUUAAUAUUGCCUCAGAGUUAUCAUUGUCUUUCCCCAUGUUACAAUGAAGCAUCUAGGCUAGUAAAAGGUUUUUUACUGUUAAACUUUGGUCAUUUUACGUAAACAGAUUCCAUGGAAGCAGAGUAACCAAAAAUUAAUUGUUUAUAAUAUUAGUAAUAGUAGGUCACAUAUUUAAGACCUAAUUGGAACAGAUUGGCUUGGGAAUGAAAGCCAUAGGAUGGGGAAGUUAACACAAUGUUGGCUUUGGUCUUAUCAUGGGAUUUAUUUACAAUAAGCUUAUGCCCAGCAUUAUCUUUUCAACAUGAAAACAUUUCAGCUUUAUGUUUAAACUUUUAGAUCACUUUAAUAUUUCAGUUCUGGGUAAACUGAUGUUAAUAUUUGGACCACUAUGUAAGCACAGACAUUUUUUAACACAUGCUCUUUGUGAAUGUGAUGGCAUGUAUGUUAUAUGGUUUUAAACGUGCAAGUUUUAAGAGCAGCUUGUAGAGAGCUGAAGCAAAGUGUCUCUGGGAGGUUUUUGUAGAGGAUGAAAAGGUAGAUGAAAACACGAAAAAAGUUGCAUUGUAGGUAUUGGCCGUCGUAAGUUGUAAGAAUGUAAAGUAAGUGACUGCAUGAGCUGUGCAUGAUGGGUAAACAUUGGUUCCUUUAUUUUGAGCGUUGUGCCCAUUUGAUACAAAGUAAUGUCAACUUAUGUCUAAUCACAGGCUCACAAUUUGUUUUUAUUGUUGUUGUUUUUUUACACACUUUGAGAUUAUUAUAUUUUCAUAAUGUCACACAGGCUUGACAGGGUUAGCCCAGUUUUAAACUUCAAAAAGAAUAACGUGUGUAGUUUUACCAGUGCCAAGGAGGGUAUGUUUGGGCUUGGUUGGUCUGUUUAUUUGUUUGUUGUUGUCUGGCAGCAGGUUGAAGGAAAAGUACAGGCCUAACGUGCAUUAACUUGGUGGAAGGGUGUAUCCCAUGUAUGUACAAAUCAUGGGACAGAAACAACAAAUAUAUUUUAAUGAUAGCAAUUGUGAGACUCAAGUGAUGAAAUGUAGUUCAUGUGAACUUCCUGUCAUGUCAGUCACCACAUUGGGAACCACGGUGCCUAAAUACUAUGUAAUUAAAAGUCAGUUCAUCUGCUGGGAACUUUUAAAAUAUGUGUUGCAACAAAAUGUUUUUUUUUUCCUGUGUAAUUGAUAUAAACUAAAUAGAAUUGACAUAUCCGGUUUUACUGUCUCAAUUGCUUUUAUAUUUGACCCCUGCAUUUUCUGUAAAGAUCAAAUUACUAUUGUCAAAGCCAUUAAAAAAGCCUGGGUUCAUGUGAUUUUACAUUUUUGACAGAAUAUGUGCAUUUAAGGUGGUUUAAUGCUUUAAAACCAUGAAUACAUCCCGCUCCUCUCUGUCCAGUUGAUGUGUGCAAGAAAGAAAAUAAAAACUUCUGCUAUUUUCACACAUGUAA